CGUUUCUUCAUGCUACAAUCAGUGGUACGUCGCUCUUCUUCACAUUUGAUCUCCAUACUCACCAAUUUUUCGAUGUCUUUCACCACUACCGCAUCCUCUUCCUCUUCUUCUUUUCCGGCUAUUCCGGUUAAGAUCAUUCCUCUACGGCAUCCCGAUUCCACUUCUUCUGAUGAUCCUCGCCGUCCAUCCAUUCCAUUCCACGAUUUCUUCUCCCGAUGGACGGCGAAGAUCAAGCGUAUGACGGUCUAUGACUGGUUAGAUACGGUAUUUCCUUGCUUCAUUUGGAUUCGAAGUUACCGUUGGCAUCAGUACUUUAAGCUCGAUCUCAUGGCUGGUAUCACCGUUGGUAUUAUGCUUGUUCCCCAGUCAAUGUCGUAUGCAAAGUUAGCUGGGCUUCAGCCAAUAUACGGUUUAUACUCCUCAUUUGUGCCGGUGUUUGUGUAUGCUGUAUUCGGCUCAUCUCGUCAGCUUGCGAUUGGACCUGUAGCAUUGGUUUCUCUUCUCGUCUCUAAUGCUUUGGGUGGAAUUGUUGAUCCAUCUGAAGAGCUAUAUACUGAGCUUGCCAUUUUGUUGGCACUUCUGGUUGGAAUAUUUGAGUGCAUCAUGGGGUUUCUAAGGCUUGGAUGGCUUAUUCGUUUCAUAAGUCAUUCUGUCAUUUCUGGAUUUACAUCUGCUUCAGCUAUAGUGAUUGGAUUAUCCCAGUUGAAAUACUUCCUCGGAUACAACGUUUCCCGGAGCAGCAAGAUUGUGCCACUAGUUGAGAGUGUAAUAGCUGGAGCUGAUCAGUUUAAGUGGCCACCUUUCUUGUUGGGAUCUACCAUUCUGGUGGUCCUUCUAGUAAUGAAGCAUGUGGGAAAAGCAAACAAGGAACUUCAGUUCAUACGAGCAGCAGGGCCCCUCACAGGGCUUGCUCUUGGUACAACUAUUGCGAAAGUGUUCCAUUCACCUUCCAUUUCACUGGUGGGAGAUAUACCUCAAGGCCUUCCAAAAUUUUCUUUACCAAAAUGUUUUGAUCAUGCAAAAUUAUUGCUUCCAACAGCGGCUCUCAUCACUGGUGUGGCCAUCCUGGAAUCUGUAGGUAUUGCCAAAGCACUGGCAGCGAAAAACAGAUACGAGUUGGAUUCAAAUUCAGAGUUAUUUGGGCUUGGUGUCGCUAAUAUUUUGGGAUCAUUGUUUUCUGCAUACCCGACUACAGGAUCCUUUUCUAGGUCAGCAGUUAACAGCGAAAGUGAAGCGAAGACUGGCCUAUCAGGUCUUGUAACAGGAAUCAUCAUAGGAUGCUCUCUACUGUUCUUGACCCCAGUGUUUAAAUAUAUACCACAGUGUGCUUUAGCAGCAAUAGUGAUCUCUGCUGUUAGUGGCUUGGUGGACUAUGAAGGGGCUAUAUUUUUGUGGCGUGUGGACAAGAGAGAUUUUACUCUUUGGACCAUCACCAGCACCACCACUCUGUUCUUUGGAAUAGAGAUCGGAGUCCUCGUUGGUGUCGGUUUUUCACUUGCAUUUGUUAUACACGAGUCUGCAAAUCCUCACAUUGCUGUGUUGGGGCGUCUUCCAGGAACCACUGUGUACAGAAACAUGAAGCAGUAUCCAGAAGCGUACACUUACAAUGGGAUUGUGAUUGUUCGAAUCGAUGCUCCCAUAUAUUUUGCCAACAUAAGCUACAUCAAGGACAGGCUAAGAGAAUAUGAAGUAGCUUCUGAUAAACACACUAAUAAGGGACCAGAGGUGGAGAGGAUCUACUUUCUUAUCCUUGAAAUGUCUCCUGUCACAUACAUAGACUCAAGCGCGGUAGAAGCCUUGAAAGAACUGUACGAGGAGUACAAAACAAGGGACAUUCAGCUUGCAGUUUCGAACCCGAAUAAAGAGGUUCUAUUGACACUGGCAAGAUCAGGGAUUGUGGAGCUUAUUGGCAAAGAAUGGUACUUUGUGAGAGUACACGAUGCAGUCCAAGUCUGUCUUCAUUACGUCGAGAGCAAGAACCAGACACCCACGAAUGUUGAUGAGAGCAGUAGUUCAAGCUUAUGGAGAAGGUGUAGUAGUGCGAAAAACUCAUCACAUACCAAAGUUGAAGCCGAUACUAAACUUGUUUUAAAGGAGCCAUUGUUGUCCAACGAGAAAUAAGACAUUCAGCAUUGCGCUUUCCUUUCACACACAAAAAGUGGUCAUGCUCAUGAGUUGUUGAAAAUUUACUAUGUCAUGAAUGAAUAUUAAAUCUGAGUCCAUUAUAUUUCCUCA